AUGCAGCCAACUAUCAAAUCUUCUGGUACUUUUAUUCUUGAAGUUUUCACAGUUUUAGGUGCUCUCGCCAUCUCUUUGAUGGCUGAAAAACGGUUUUUGUGUGCUCCGAGAAUGCUUUUCGUCUUCCAACAGGUUGAAAUUCGCCUUCUCUGUCUCUUCGAAGUAUUCGCAACUACAUUUAUCAACUUGAUCUACCUUUCAAUGCUUCACUUAUCCGCAGUUGAAUCUGGUCUAACUUUCCUUGCAAUCACAUUCUUUCUUCUCGCUGCAUUCUUUCUAUUUGCAAUGAUCAGUAUUUGCCAAUGGAUAAUUGAAGACCAAUUGAUAUUGUUAGCCAGUAAAUUGUUCAGUUAUCAACUGGUUCAAGUUGUCCUUUUCCUAUUCUGCACACUUUGUGUUAUUCGGUUGACGAUGAGACAAGAUAUCGAGAAGAAGAAACCUCUUCGAACAUAUCUCCCUCACUAUAUCCUGACGUAUUGCUCUGUGGUGUUGUUCCUCAUUGCACCAAAAACUGCCUUCCUUUAUGCAGUUGUGACAAAUGCGCUGCAAAAUGAUGAGCUCAUGUCAACAAUACUACGAGGUCUCUUGUUCAUUACUCCAAUUUAUAACUUGUUUUUGGUUUUGUUGAUAAAUUGUCAAGACCCAGAAAGAAGAGGAGAGUUGGCAAAGUCGAUAAAAAGAGCAUUUCGAGGUAUCAAAACUGGUCCGAUUCCACGUAUAAAUGUCCAGGAACCAACGAGUAGUUCAGCUCUAGCAUCUAGAAGUCAUAUUGCAUUAAAUCUUAUGAGAAAUCCCAUGAAUUCAUUCAACAAACUACAAAGACAAUCUGCCGCAGUUGAGGGAAUACCACCUCAAAAUAGUUUGAGAGUACCGAGAGAUCAACGAUACUACGCUACGGAAGAGGAACCAGUGGAGACUGAUCAAGUCCCUACUCCUCAAGAAAUCCUGACAUCAAGAAAUUCCGAAGAACGAGGAUUCAUGACGGUGGCAUUGCUCAGAAGAGCGUCUCAAAUUAGCCAACGAUUUCAAGGGAUUCGUGGAGAUUCAGCUCGAACAGAUUCCGCUUGUUCCCGCACUCCGUCACCUUCUCCUCGAUCAUCUCAGAAAAUAGAAUCUAAUCCUAGUGAUAAGGACAACGAGAUAUCAUGUUCCCCCAGAAGACCAUCUUCUCGAAGAUCACAACCUCUUGACGUCUCUCAACUUCUUGGAUUCUUCAUCUCGUCGUCGACGUCUUCUGUUGCAAUGACGAUACCCGUCAGGAAUAAGCGAGCCGUUGAGAGAAUCCAAGACGUUUUGCAUCAAAAUGAGCAAAAUUCUCUUGAUUUCCCUUGA